ACAAAGUUUACUAGUAAUCAAUGGCGUGACAUAGCAUAGCACACUUAAAACUACUUGAAGAUCAUUUGUAUAGGUUGUAUUGAAUUUAUAUAAAAAGUAACGUCGAUGUGGAUAUUAUACUAAUGUUGUGUUUCUUCAUAACCAAGUAAUCGAGUAACUCAAGUUACUUCUUAAUAAAUAAUAAGAAUUAUAUAUUUUAUUCAGUCUAAAAAAUAACAAGCUGUACUGAAUGACAGUGGAAUACAAAUUCUCUGCUAGCUCCUGCAUUAUUAGAUUCCGUUAAUAGGGCAGCCAUAAAACAUUUUAAUCUAAAGAACUGAUGGAGCAACAAAGAGUGAAACGAUCGUGUGAUGUAAUUACAAUAAAACUAAAAUGACAGUGCUUGUGAUAUGUAAUAGCCAGUUAAAUGCAUAGUGAACGAUGGAUACAUCAACUUUAAGACAUGUUAUGAUCUCCGAUGAAAAAUGUAAAGAAGAACAAACUUAAACAUGGGUAGCAGAGGAGUCGGGGAUAUUCCUACAAUAUUUCAUCCCCAGCAGACUCAUACCUCAAGUAUUAUUCUUGGUGAUAAUCAGCAGAACCAUGGCUCUCAAAACACUGCUGGACAAAUUACUCAUGACAAUUCUGGCUGUGAACAGCAACAAGGAUGUAGCGUUAGUGGUGGCUGUGGUGAUUCUGUACCGAGUUGUCGUUCUUUGGAAACAACUAGAAGCGGAGUUGGUUCUGGAGGAAAUGCAGAUAAUCAAGGGCACAAUACAAAUCAAACUCAAGUUCAGCCUCAUGUGACAGUACCACCAGUUACUUAUCAACAAAGGCCCAACUCCUUAUCCACUUGUUACGCAUCUUGUUGCGCCGAAUCUGCAAAAAAGAUAUAUUUUGGAGUGUGCGUCACAAUAUGUGUCACAGCAAGUUGGGUCGGUGCGACACAUUGUAUCAGAUAUUUGUAUUUUUACAAAUACGAAACUCCUAAUUAUUCAUCGUUUUCUAACUCAUCUAUUACAGGGCGUCAUCAACAUGUAAGUAUAUCCUAUCUUCAAAUCUCUCUUUUUACAUUUUUGAAUAUGGUUCAUCUUAAAAUAAAGUUUCUAUGAAACAAAUAGUAAAUUAAUGCAUUAUGAUAAGCCAGAAUUAGAUACAUUAGUAAUAUUAAAGGAUGUCUAAGAAUAGUGAUAAUGAAUAGUGAUAAUGAAUCCACGAAAACUGAGUUUCGGGACGGCACAUGGUGCGUUUAGUUUAGACAUGGUUUAGGCUAUUUCCUCAUUCUAGU